AUGGGCGCGGAGAGGAUAGAGUCGACAUGGUGUUUGAGGAGGAAAGAGAGCGACGGGCCACCGGCCACCUCGACGGCUUUAAGCGGUGGUCUGUGCUGUUGUCGCGUUGAAGAGCUUCCCCGAACUUUUGUUUCUCUUUCCACAUUGUGCAACAUCCAUGCUCAUGGAGACUUCCACUCCAUCAUGGCUAGUUCCGAUCAGAUCGCCGCUCAGAUAUUGAGCACCAAGUCACUCUCUGUGUCUCCAACCUGGCUCAAUGCCUUCCUAUCCUCCGGCACCGCACCACGCAAUGUUCCCGCCUCGGCUCUCGCGAAGACAGCUACUUUCCGUCUUCUAGCUUCUGAUAUCAGAGAGUCGCUCUCUAAGCACCGGUCUUGUGUUCUACCCACCAACGUCACCAACCCAAAUGUCCAAGAACUACGCCUCCACGGCCCUAUCCCGGUACAGGUCCUAGACAUCGAAGACAUCGGCACGAGUCUGUGGAGCCAGAUCGAAGCUAUUGAGCGUGUCGAGCGAGGAGAGGCUAUCCGUGGCCGUGAGAUUGUGCGCACUAUCGCUGUUGGCGAGGACCCGGAGGUGUCGGAGAACAAUCGCUCGAAUAACAACAAUGCUGUUGCAUCAGGCAAUAGUGGUUCUGGCCCACACCGUUUGAUGAUUCAGGACGCAGCUGGAACUGUGGCUAUCGGAGUUGAGAUGCAGCGGAUUGAGGGGAUCGCUCUGGAAAAGCUUGCUAUUGGGGCGAAGCUAUUACUUCGGAAUCCUACUGUUGCUCGCGGUAUGGUGCUGCUCACUCCUGGGUCUGUUACUGUGCUCGGCGGCAAGAUCGAGGCUUUGGAUAAGUCCUGGAGAGAAGGGAGGAAGGCAAGGCUAUUGGAGAAGACUUCUUGUCUGGAAGGAUGA